UCGGCCGAGCGGGCUGGGCUGGGCUGGGGCGCCUUGGCUGCCUGCCCUGCCCUCCGGGGCCGCCCCUUGGUGGCCACCCGGGUGGCGCCUCCGUGCGUAAAAACGCAAAGGCGCGCCGAGGGCGCAGCCAGCUGGCGAGAAACCGACCACGGGCCGCCUGCCUGCCCGCUCCGGGUCCGCUGGGGAGGCGGCGCUGACUCCCGUGGUCUCUCCCGGAGCCCCGUCCGGGAGGAGGAAGGGAGGAGCCCCACGGAAGGCGCCCGGCCGGCCGCCCCCCCUGCUUCCCUCGCCCGGGCCUGGCGAGCCGCUUUGCGCGCUUGGAGAGGCACCCGCCGUUACUGCUGCUGCCGGUGGGGCGGCGAUGAGGUCCGGCAGGCAGCGGCUCCCGGGGCGGGGAGGGGGGUAGAUAGGUGCCGGCCACGGCCUCUCCCCACGAGAUCGGAGCCGGGGCUCCGGCUUUUCCCUCCUUCCCUGGGCUGUUGCUCCCAGAAGCCCAAAGUGGAUCCAUGACUAAUCAGACUUUAAAAGGAUGCAGAUGCUGCCUCGCUUCUUCUUCAUUCUGGUGGUCUUGUGCGCCGGCCCCAUCCUUUACGUCUUGCUUUGCCCACACCUCUGUGUCUCGCUGUGCUGGCAGAGCAGCUGCCGGCACGCAGAAGAACCAGCAAGGCGGUGGCCGGCGGCCUCGGACUCAGGGAUGGCUCGCUUCGACGGUUACAUCAGCGUUCCGGAUGGAAAGCCUUUGGCCCGAGCGUUGUGCCGCCAGUGUGCCGUGGUGUCCAGCUCGGGGCAGAUGUUGGGCUCCCGUUCGGGGAAAGAGAUCGACGCCCAGGAGUGCGUCCUGCGCAUGAACCAGGCCCCCACCCGGGGCUACGAGGCGGACGUGGGCAGCCGGAGCACUGUCCGGGUGGUCUCCCACACCAGCAUCCCCUUGCUCUUGAGGAACCAGUCCUAUUUCUUCAAGCAGUCCCGGGACACCCUCUACGUCAUCUGGGGCCCUGCCCGGCUGAUGAACCGGGAGAAGGUGGGCUUGGUUUACAGAACCCUCCUGAAGGUGAAGGAGAUGUACCCCAGCCUGCAUCUCUACACACUGACCGACAGGAUGAUGGCCCACUCGGACGAGCUCUUCCAGCUGGAAACCGGGAAGGACAGGAUGAAGUCUGGCUCCUUCCUCAGCACUGGCUGGUUCACGAUGGUCCUGGCCAUGGAGCUGUGCGAGCGGAUCGUUGUUUACGGCAUGGUCAGCGAAAGCUACUGCAGGAACCAGAGCCAGCCCCCCGUGCCUUACCACUACUUCGAGAAGGGCAAGAUGGACGAAUGCAAGAUGUACCUGGCCCAUGAGCGAGCCCCCCGGGGCGGGCACCGCUUCAUCACAGAGAAGGCGGUUUUUUCACGCUGGGCCAAGAAAAAGGACAUCGUCUUCACCCACCCUUCAUGGCUGGAUGGCCAGAGGUGACCUCCGACCCCUGGGGCUCUUUUGCCACUCGAUACGUUCCACGAUUCACCCAAUUCCUUCCUGUUGCCUAGACCUGGGAGGUCCACGUCGCAGUGGGCGAAUUGUCACCAGAAAAGGAUAUUUUUGGGAACGGGGGUUCCCAGUCCUCGUUGGGUGCGCUCCAUUUGAACAGUCUUCGGACGCUCACGACUGGCUCUGCUUUAUUUAUUCCUGGCAACGGAGAGGAUUGGGGCCGUUCUGAGAGGAGGGGCAGAUGAUCAAGGAAGCAAACGAAGCCUUUUUUUUAAGGCUGACUAUUUUCAUCACACACACCCGGGGACAGUCUACUCAUUUCUGCCUCCAAAUUAUUCACCGUGAAAAAAGGUCCUUCUUAAAGCGAUCGUGUUUAAACCUCACGACCCUCGUACGAGGAGGUGGGUUUUAACGAUGGCCCUGGAGCCGAAGAGAGGUCUUCUGAGUGGUUGGUCUUAAAUGAUCUGCCGGUGAUGCGGUGGGCCGAUUUUCAAGUGGGAGGAGAAAGCGGAGCCCUGCAAAGCAUUGAGCCUUUGCAACAGAAUCUGGGUUCAAACUGGAUCAAAUAGGAUGCGUUUGUGGCUUUGACAUAGGCUUCAUAACCUGUGUUGCCACUUUGUGAACCUAUCUGUGUUUUCCUUCUGGUUCCCACUGUGGAUCUAGCAUCUAAAAUAUAGAGAUGUGUGUGUGUGGUUUUGUGCAAGCCUUGACUUUUGUACUGUGAUGAUUUCCAAAGAAGUACUGUACUUCGCAGUCCGGAUAUAAAGCUGCGUAUUUCUGUUCUCCAUCA